AAGCUUUCUGUUUUCCCUUUUUAAGAUAUACACAUAAGACGCGUCGGUUCCUGUAUUAUUGUGUACUGCGUGUACAGCGGUUAUAUGCAUUUAUAUACCGGCAAUAUUCAGACGGUGUUUUUGUUACAUCCCUAUGCUUCGUCCCCUCUGCGUAUGAGAUAACAAACAUAUUUUAUACUGUAAGUAUGUGACAGAAAUAUGUCGUAUAAUAAUUACGGUAUAGUAAACUUUUACCCGCAUUCAAAUGAGAUACCGUCGAACCAAAGCGACAACAUGAAUUGGGGUCUAUUAAAUAUGGAGUCUAAAAAGAAUUCACUAGGUUCGGAUCUCAAUCUUUCAGAAGAUGACAUUUCAGAUACUACGUCCAGUCAAUCUAUAAGCAACGUCUUCAAAAAUUACGAUAACCAGUUCAAGGAAAAAGAAGAACGAAUUAUUUUUUGUCGUUCAGGUGAACGGAGGAGUUACUUGAAACCCGAAUACCUAAAAAAAAACCUAGAACCAUACAGACAAUCACUGGAUGCAUCAGAUGUGCAAAAGUUUUCCGAUUCAUCAGAACUAAAAGAAGAUUCUUCAUUGGGACAACCAUCAUCAACUUACGUAGCGCCAAGCUGGUUUGAUAUUCAGUACCCUUCUGAGUGCUCGAUGACAACUAUAGCAGACGCUUUCUCUAUUCAUCCAUUGACAAUUGAAGAUUGCCUAUCUGACAGCGAAUGCGAUCAUGAAAAAAUUGAGACAUUCGAAAAUUAUCAAUUUAUUUGCUUUAGUGAGUGCUACCUCGUUCCAGAGACCAACAUUAUUGCGACCGUUAACGUUCAUAUUAUCCUCCUUUUUACGGCUCCUGUCGUCUUUUCUCUCCACAAUGGUUAUGUCUACUACCUGCGUCCAACGAUUAAUAAUAUAAUACAACACUCAAAGAACUCUCAAUCUGUUUCAGCCGACCAUGAGAAAAGUCAACUACUCGUAUCUGAGUGCUGCGACAUUGUUAGUCCGGCUUGGAUUACGUACCUUAUUCUUGAUGCGAUAGUGGAUGAGUUCUUUUCACUGGUUGAAAGGUGUGUUAUGGAGGCAAAUUUUAUAGAUGAACUGAUACUUUUACUUGAUUCGCAAGAACAAACGGAUCUCUUGAGGCGUAUUAGUGCCUGUCAAAAACAGACUUUUAAUUUGCGAACCAAGCUGGUUCGUAAACAAGAAAUUCUGAGCUCGAUGGUCGGAAGAACGUCUUGGAAAGGUGGCGGUGGGCAGAAGGGGUUUGGACAAAUACCAGAGACUACAGGGAGAGAUCGCCUCUUCAAUCUGUCAAAGAAUGCAUUUGGUUCAUCUUUGUCCUUACUUGAAUCCGGUGGGUUCCAUAAAGAAGCACACUCUACUAACGUAUAUAUUCGAGACAUUCUGGACCAUGUCUCGUUUAUGUUGUCGAACUUAGAGCAAGCGAGAGAAACAGUAGCUCACCUGACUCACACUUAUCUGGCCAAAGUUUCUAUUGAAAUUAACAUGACUGCCAAUGAACAGAACGAUGUCAUGAAAAAAUUCAGCGCGAUGGCUACUGUCAUAUUACCUUUGACAUUUGUCGCGUCGUUAUGGGGCAUGAAUGUCUAUGUCCCAUUUCAGGAAACACCCGGGUAUCUGCCUUUUUUUGGUAUAACGGGAACUUUGAUAGUUAUAGGUACUAUUGCAUUCAUAUACUUUUGGAAAACUUGGAUAUAAAAUUUGAACCCACGAAGGGAGCUGCAUCUAAUCCCUCUUUGACGAAUCAGAUUGACUUGGAACUAGACGAGUCUUAAAUUUUUAGUUCUAAUGAAGUAAACCCGUUUAUUGUGAUAGAUUUGUCUGCAUACGGGCUGCGCUAGGAACAAAUAAAACUAUUUAUUUUCAGAGGAACACUAAUUUAAAUAGCUUUUCUAUUCCUUGUAAAGAGGUCGCACAACCACUUUAAAUCAAUGUACUCUAAACUCAAUUGUAGCGCCCUUUGGCGAAAAAGAAAUAGUGGCAUGUUUAUUUUUCUUGAAGAUAUAGAAAUCGUGCUCAAUCAAUCAAAUAAAGAGAAAAAAAAA